CUGGUGUCUCCUCCAUUUCCCGGGGACCCUGUUCCCAGCCCGUCCGAUCCGACUCCAACCUCCACCGCCACCGGUGGCAGAUCCAGAUCGGAGCUAGACAGCCAGCCGACGCCGUCCGCCCCGGCGAUCUCCGACCCGAGAUGGAGGCCGUCCCCGCCGCGGAGGCCCUCGACGGGCACAAGGACAGGUUCGAUCUCGGGGUCUUCGUCGGCGACCUCGCCCUCGACGAGGAAGUCACCAGUGACGACGAGUCCCUGGAGGGGCUGCAGCAGGAGCUCGACGACUGCAAGAAUGACCAGGAGGUCGCGAACAUCCUGGCUAACGGCGUCAAGCUGCGCGAGUACACAAAAGGCGUCGAGAAUAAUAUACGCCAAAUUGAGCUGGAUUCUAUACAGGAUUACAUUAAGGAGAGUGAAAAUCUAGUUUCGCUGCAUGAUCAAAUUAUCGAUUGUGACAAUAUUUUGUCCCAAAUGGAGACGGUUCUGACUGGAUUCCAGACAGAAAUUGGUUCCAUAAGUUCAGAGAUAAAGGUCCUUCAGGAGAAGUCUAUGGACAUGGGAUUAAAGCUGAAAAAUCGUAAGGCUGCAGAGUCUAAAUUGUCAAAAUUUGUUGAGGAUAUAAUAGUACCUCCAAGAAUGAUUGGCAUAAUUGUUGAUGGAGAGGUCAAUGAUGAAUAUAUGAAAACACUUGAGACUCUAAGCAAAAAAAUCAAGUUCAUUGAUGCUGAUCCUAUGGUUAAAUCAUCCAAGGCUCUAAAAGAUGUUCAGCCUGAGGUUGAGAGACUACGGCAGAAAGCUGUCUCAAAGAUUUUUGAGUUUGUCAUCCAAAAGUUCUAUGCCUUGAGAAAACCCAAAACUAAUAUUCAGAUUCUACAGCAGAGUGUCCUUCUUAAGUACAAAUACACAAUAAUUUUCCUAAAGGAACAUGCUAAGGAGAUAUAUGCAGAAGUUCGUGCGGCAUAUAUUGAUACCAUGAAUAAGGUGCUAAGUGCACAUUUUCGUGCGUACAUACAAGCGCUAGAGAAACUACAGAUGGACAUAGCAACUUCAACUGAUUUACUUGGUGUUGAAACCAGAAGUACAGGCUUCCUUUUCUCCAUUGGAAAAGAAUCUCUGAAAACCCGUUCUUCAGUGUUUGCUUUGGGUGAACGAAUAAACAUAUUAAAGGAUUUGUUCUCUCAAACUGCCAAGUGCAACUAUAGUAGUGUAAAUUCUGUUUGCGCUUUCUGGUAUCAGGAAAUCGAUCAGCCAGCAUUGAUACCUCAUAUAGCUGAAGCAAAGUCACAAAAAUAUCCAUAUGAAGUUCUUUUCAGAAGCUUGCAGAAACUUCUUAUUGACACAGCCACUUCCGAGUACCUGUUCACCGAUGAUUUCUUCGGCGAAGAAUCUAUAUUCCAUGAUAUAUUUGCAGGUCCAAUUCAAGUGGUUGAUGAACAUUUCAAUGCUGUACUCCUGAACUGUUAUGAUGCAAUCGGAAUAAUGCUUAUGAUCAGAAUAAUUCAUCAGCACCAGCUCAUCAUGUUCAGGCGGCGAAUCCCAUGUUUGGACUCUUACCUAGACAAGGUUAAUAUGUCUCUCUGGCCUCGGUUCAAGAUGGUGUUUGACUUGCAUUUGAACAGCUUGCGAAAUGCAAAUAUUAAGACACUUUGGGAGGAUGAUGUCCAUCCACACUAUGUCACAAGGAGAUAUGCUGAAUUUACAGCUUCUCUAGUUCAUCUCAAUGUUGAACAUGGGGAUGGUCAGCUUGAUCUUAAUUUGGAGCGAUUGCGGAUGGCUAUUGAGGACUUGCUUGUUAAGUUGGCCAAGAUGUUCAGUAAACCGAAGCUGCAAACUAUUUUCUUGAUAAACAACUAUGAUUUAAUAAUUGCCAUUUUGAAGGAGGCUGGAACAGAGGGUGGGAAGGCACAACUCUACUUUGAGGAGGUUCUUAAGAGCAACAUUGCAAUAUAUGUGGAAGAGUUGCUCCAGGAGCAUUUCAGUGACUUGAUCAGAUUUGUCAAAACUCGUCCUGCGGAUGAAACGGCUACGAGUUCAGAGAAAGUCGGCAUUUCCGAAGUUGAACCACUGGUAAAGGAUUUCGCUAGCCGGUAUAAGGCUGCGAUUGAGCUGAUGCACAAAGACGUGAUCACGUCUUUCAGCAACUUCCUGUGCGGGAUGGAGAUCUUGAGGGCGGCGCUCGCCCAGCUCCUGCUGUACUACACCAGGCUCACCGAGUGUGCCAAGAGGAUCAACGGCGGCUCUGCUCUGAACAAGGACCUGGUGUCCAUAUCCUCCAUCCUGUUCGAGAUCAAGAAGUAUUCUAGGACCUUUUAGUUGCUUCACCCCCUUCCAUGUACACUAAGACGACUUGUUAAGGGGUAGCGGUGUAUUGUAGUGGCAAGUUGGCAUGUGCUACUGCAGAUGAAACAAGAGCAUUUUGUUGUGAUUUGUAGCUCCGUCGGUGUUAUUUGGCCCCUACCCUUUUCCAUCACAGAACCACAGCCUUCAUGCUGUUGUUAUAUUAUAGUGUAUACGCUCGAGAUAUUUGCCAUGCUGAUAUAUGUAUCAAACGUUACCGCUUAAUGCAACUCUCUUACAAGAA